CUCACAGGUUGACUCGCUGUAAGAAGCUGCACGCGGUCGUCUUCCACGUCAGACACGCUUGCUUUUGGCUCUGGUCGCGCGUAUUCACGGCACAGCUGCUAUCACGAGGAGUCCGCUUCGAUUGGCCUUACCGAAGCACGAUGACGUGCAGCUGUGGGCUACUAAGACGCCAGAAUUGUUAACGGAACAACACCUCACCACCACGACAUCCCGCCCACUGUCAACGCUCCUCGUGGCUAGCACUGCAGCUGUCCUGAAACACUUGCUGCGCGUCAUACCACCAUGUAGUAGCUGCCCCGCAGCACCCUCACCAUGGACGCCAACAUCACCAAGGCUCUGAACGAUAAGCUCUACGACAAGCGCAAGAGCGGCGCCCUCGAGCUCGAAGCCCUCAUCAGAGACGCCCUUGCCGCGCAGGACCACGACCGAAUACAGAAGAUAGUCCACCAGCUUUGUCACGAGUACGCCUACGCUGUGCACCAACCACACGCAAGGAAUGGGGGCCUGAUUGGUCUGGCGGCUGCUUCAAUCGCCCUCGGGCCUGAAGUAGCUCGCUACCUCGAAGAAAUUGUCCCUCCCGUGCUAGCCUGCUUCUCCGACCAAGAUGCCCGCGUGCGAUACUACGCCUGUGAGAGCAUGUACAAUAUUGCAAAGGUCGCAAAGGGGGAAAUACUCGUCUACUUCAACCAUGUCUUUGAUGCCUUGUGCAAGCUUGCGGCCGACUCGGAGCUCUCCGUGAAGAACGGCGCAGAGCUUCUCGACCGUUUAGUCAAAGACAUCGUCGCCGAAUCCGCAGCAUCCUACGUCUCCGUAUUGCAUGCCCCCCCAGAAAGCGCAGAGGAAGAAGGAGAGGAGACACGGCCGCCCUCGGAAGAGCUACCAACAGCGUUUUCGCUAGAACGAUUCCUUCCGCUCCUCCAGGAGAGAAUCAACGUAAUCAACCCCUUUACCAGGACCUUUCUCGUAGCUUGGAUAUCCCUCCUAGAUUCGAUACCCGACCUGGAGCUCGUCACCUACCUCCCCCGUUUUCUCGGCGGCCUCUUCAAGUUCCUCAGCGACCCGAACCAAGACGUCCACACCGCCACACAAGUCGCGCUAGACAAGUUUCUUUCGGAAAUCAAGAAGAUUGCCCGCGUCAAACGCGGUAUAGCCGAGAGUCGAAAAAGCCAAGGCGAGGAUGGCAUGAAACAUUCCACCUCGAGUAUUCCUAGCCGGCAGGACGCAGACAGCGACAGUGACAGUGCAGCUCCUAGCCAACUUGACGUCGUUGACGAGAAGGACGACGGGAGCGCAGACAGUCAGUCCAUAACAGCAAAUGAUGAAAAGUCGGGCAGCGGCGAGGGCGACUGGAUACCUGGCCAGGAUGUCCAGGUAGAUCACGCGAAGAUCAUGAAUAUCUUGGUGGCUUUCUUGAGCGAUGCCUCUGAGGAGGAGAUACAACUGACCGCACUACGGUGGAUAGACAGCUUUUUUGAGAUAUGCCCUGAGGACAUCAUGCCGUUCGUACCCCGCCUUCUAUCACACGUUCUUCCGACCAUGGCUCACGACGUCGACACUGUCCGCCAAGCCGCGAAUAGAGUGAAUACUUCACUCAUGGACUAUAUAAUGUCUUUGUCCGACGACAGCCGCCGCCCGGACAACACUGCAGCUACCCCACUAAACUUGCCAAACUCACUUUCGGCACUAGGCAAAGAGUUGACUGUUGUUGAGCGCCGAGACUCAAAUUUGUCUAACCGGCUUUUGAAAACUGUGAUCCGAGAUCAAGCGCCAGACGGAAGGUCACUGGACAGUAGGGGCACGAGGACACCAACACCAGCAGAAGACCGCGGUCCUUCGCCGCGUCCAGGGCCCGAACUUGACUACCAAGCUGCUGUAAAUGCUCUGACACUUCAGUUCUUGAACGAGCACGAAGCCACUCGAGUUGCGGCAAUUGCCUGGCUUAUUAUGCUACACCGCAUGGCUCCAGGAAAGAUUCUCUCUGUUGAAGACGGCACAUUUCCUGCCCUUCUAAAGACACUCUCCGACCCCUCCGAGGCCGUUGUUACCCGCGACCUUCUUCUCCUUUCCCAGAUCUCGAGGAACAGUGAUGAUUCCUACUUUACCUCCUUCAUGGUCAACUUAUUGAAGUUGUUCUGCACAGACCGGCGACUUCUCGAAACUCGUGGCAACCUUAUCAUCAGGCAAUUAUGCGUCACCCUAAGUGCCGAGCGCAUAUAUCGUACAAUGGCCGACUGCCUCGAGAAAGAUGAGGACGUCGAAUUCACAAGCAUCAUGGUGCAGAAUCUCAACAACAAUCUCAUAACUGCGCCCGAAUUAGCUGAUCUUCGAAAGCGCCUUCGCAAUCUAGAUUCAAAGGAUGGCCAAUCAUUCUUUGUGACCCUCUUCAAGUCAUGGUGCCACAAUGCAGUCGCUACCUUCUCACUUUGUCUCCUAGCACAGGCCUAUGAGCAGGCCUACAACCUCCUCCAGAUAUUUGCGGACCUCGAGAUGACAGUAAACAUGCUCAUUCAAAUUGACAAGCUCGUGCAACUUCUCGAGUCUCCAGUCUUCACAUAUCUACGAAUUCAACUCCUCGAACCGGAGAAAUACCCGCACCUCUACAAGUGUCUCUACGGUUUGCUGAUGCUACUCCCCCAAUCAUCUGCCUUUGCUGCACUGAAAAAUCGACUCAACAGUGUCAGCGCCAUUGGCUACCUUCAUAUUGCGCCCCGGACGUAUGUUCCCCCCAUCACUUCCUUUAACCAUUUGAGGCAGAAAAGCUCAGAGACCGGUUCCUCUAGUAGCCAGCAGGGUUCCUCGGUAUCCAGCUUCGAGCGGCCGAACCGAUUGAAGGCGAGAGAAGACGGUGGUGUGAAAUGGGUGGAAUUACUCGACAAGUUCAAAGCAACACAAGAGCGGGCGAGACGAUCGCAAAGGUUAGCGAGUUUAGGCGAGGACGUCCGCGCCUCACCCAUACAGGAGAAAGAGAAGUUGUCUCCACCAGAGGUCCCCCUUAAGAAUCCGAACAUUCGCCCCAAUUCUGUCGCAAGUGCAAAUAGGCAGCCACCGACACCCGCACAGGGACAGGGACAUAAGUCGAAAUCCAGUUUAAGCAACCUUGGACGAUUUGGGGUGGCUGGACGGAAGAAGAAAUAACCGUUCUGGGUAUGGCGGCUAAUACGAGCUCAUAUAUACAAACUUGCAUAGACUCUUGAGCGCUAGGACACUACUGACACAUAUUUGCCUGCGGGGAUUUGGAGCCAUGGUGAUACCAGGAUAAUAGCAUGGCGGGACGUGAUCAAAUUUCUUCAUCGAUGUUUACCCUUUCUGUACCUAAUGCCGUCAUCAACCUUCUCUUUCUCUACUGAAGACACAGUCGCGCCCUUCUUUCCUGAGUCUGCAUCAA